AUGGAUGCUCCUGCCGCUGGGCAGUACCGUCGCAUCAACGUGCCGCAGAAGGGGCGCCCGCCGUCGCCGCCGCCGGCGCAGCUGCCCGGCUGCGUAGCAGGACGCUUCAGCAACCCCGGCGGCGCGGGCGCGUUGGAGUGGCACCUGGCGAAUGGGGCGCCGGUGCGGCGGCGUUUGAGGAGUUCCUCCCCAAAGGCACGGGAGGGGCUUAAAGGCUCGGUGGUCUUGGGCGUCACUCCACGGCCCUACCACAACGAGGAGCGAGCCGUCAGGCGUCUCCACCAGGAGAAGACCGCCUUCACCUUCGAUGCCGCUCCGGCGCUGGGCGGCGUGCGCGCGCGGUCGCUGAGAAGGGCUCCUGAGAGGCGGAACCUGGCGCCCAGCUGGAGUAUGGGCGAGAAUUUCCCCCCCGCCGCGACAGAGGCAUGGCUCUCACCCCGGUCACGGCGCCGGUCCUUAAGCCCCAGAGCUUUGAUGGCUGAGAUCCUCAGUGGGGAGGCCCCUUCGGACGCCCGGCGCCUCCGCGGUCGCCCAGCGCCCUUCCGCAUGGCCGGAGUGCUGCAGCGACCGGUCGAGACAGCGGCGAAGCCGACCCUGCUCGCGUCCGAUGCGGCCUCCCCGGAGCGCCGCAAGGAGGACUUCGCCGCCGCGAUGGCGGCCGCGCGGCCGAUCAUGUGGUUCGGAGAGGCGCCACCGGAGGAGGAGCGCUGGAGCCCCUUCAGCUGGAGCCACAAGCCUUUGAGCAAGGUGUGGUGGGGAGAGGCGGUGUUUGAGGCGGGCGAAUUCUCGCCCCGGAGGGCUCCGUUCCGCCCGGCGGGAGACGAGCGAGGAAAUGUGCUGAGCCCGAGAUCGCUAGACUUGGAGGGCCGCUCCGUGCGGAAGGGACUAUGCUCACCACGGGACGAGCGCCGGGCGCCCUGGAUGGGUGGAGAGCCCCUGGAGAUGCGCGGGAAGAGGAAGGUGAAGACGGCGCCGGAGACAGGGGGCAUGUCUGCUGCGCUUCAGUGGCCAAAUCUUCCGGCACUACCUCCGGUGGCGGAGGUGCUGCGUCGGUUGGACGGUCCGGUCGUCCGGGAUGGCCAGGGCGAAGUGGAACGCAUCCAGGCGAAGAUCGCCUGGACGCCUAGCUGCGCCGGUCCGGAGACAGAUGACAUGUGGCUGCAAGAGAUGAUGCUGGGCUGUGACACCGAGCUCUUCGAGACUGUCCGAAAGGACGCAGGACCGGGUGCGCGACGUCGAAAGCAGAAGCCUGGGAGCGCGGAAGAGCAAGUCCGGGCCCAGGUUUGCAGCUGGAAACGUCGUCCCAGUCAAGUCACGCAGGUCUUGGUGCAGCUCCGCCAUGCGAAGCGUCCCAGAGCAGCCAGGUUUUUGCUGCAAGCGAUGGCUUCCGCGCGCUUGCCGCCCAACCCCCUGCACCGCGCCGCCGCCGUGAGCGUCUACGCUGCCGCGGCCGCCUGGGCGUUCGCGGUGGAGGAGCUCGGCCAAAUCUCGAACUUGGGGAGCACCUACAGCACGGUGGCCUACAACAGCAGCAUCACUGCACUCGAAAAGAGCUAUCACUGGCAGUUGUCUUUGCAUCUCCAUCAAGAGAUGGCACGCCGCCAGGUGCGCAAGGACGUGAUCUCCUUCAGCGCUGGUAUCAGUGCCUUAGAGAAGGCGGGCCAAUGGCAGCGUGCCUUGACGCUUUUUCGCCAGCUGGGCCAAGAGCGUCUCAAGAAGGACCGGAUCCUGCAGCUCGGGUGGAGCGAACGGCGGAGCCUGGCGCAUGUGGCGAGGAACCGGUGGAUCAAUGUCUUCAAGAACCCAGCGUAUGCGGCCAGUAUUAGUGCAUGCGAGAAAGGCAGUGCGUGGCAGCAUGGUUUGGCCUUGUACCAGCUGUCCCUUGAUGAAGGUGUUCACAGCGACGAGGUGAUUUACGGUGCCGCCAUCAGUGCCUGUGAAAAAGGCGCUCAUUGGAAAGGCGCUUUGGCCCUGUUCGAUCGAUUUGCCGUGGCGACCGCGCCUUGCUGCAGCGCCGUCAUCAGCGCUUGUGAGAAGGCGGCUCGCUGGCAGCUGGCCUUGCAGCUCCUCAGCGUCAAGCUGGCCUCGCUGCGCGACGAGGGAGAGGUGGCCUUGAGUGCUGCGAUUAGUGCCUGUGGGAAGGCGCUCGCCUGGGAAAGCGCCCUGAGUUUGCUGCGCGGUGCUCGAGGGGCCAUUGCGUUCAAUGCGGCGAUGGCUGGGUGCGGCGAUGCGGGUGAGUGGUCCUGGACCUUGUGGCUCUUCGAGGAGAUGCUCCGCCAGCAGCUCACACGGACAGAGAUCUCAUUUAACGCAUGUGUGAACGCCAUGAGCUUGAGCCUCCGAUGGGAACAAGCUCUCCAGAUCUACGAGUCCAUGCGCCCCAGCCUCCUCCGGCCAGACAUCCUCACCCUGAACGCAUUGGUCCAAGGUUUCUUGCCCCUGAUGAAAUGGACGGCAGCUGUGGCACUUCUCGAUGAACUACCUCGCAUGAGCGUGCAGGGCAAUGUGGUCACUGAGGCCAACAUCCUCAAACUCUGCCGCUCCUCCGGCGAGCGCAGAGCGACGGAAAUGGCCGCUGCCUUGCCGAUGUGCAGCGGGGUGCUGGCACUGCAAUGCUUUCAGCGAGCGGGACCCAGACGGGAGAGCGGCCAUGGAGCACCUUCCCCGGCCGUGUUGGAGCUGUGGCCGAGCGUCCCGCGCACAUGGCUGGAAGAACGUGCUGCGGAGGCGGUGGAGGCCGGCGAGUGCGAGCCCUCGGUGGCCUUAGGUCGUGGUUUGGCGGCUGCCGAGGAGACUGAGGCCCUGGCUUUGCAAAGCCUGCAUGCACGGCUUCAGGCGCGCGACUGCGUUCGCUUCGAUGGGGGCGCGCAGGCGCUCGAGCAACGGGUGCGGCAAGCAAUGGAGGUGCUACUCAAAGAGACGCGGGAAGAGUACAACUCCACCCUCUCCAUGAAGACCGCCAAGGCGGAAGUGGUCCAGGAGCUUCAGGACCGGGGCAGCCAGCAUGAAUGGACAGUGAAACAGCUCCAAGAUGCGGUAGAGCUCCUUGAGGAUUCGCAACUCUGUGAGGCGUCGGCCCCGCGGGACCUGGAACUCUUCUUCGCGGAUGCCUUGAGCCAGUCCAUCCCCGAGGAGCUGCAGCUUCGUGCUGGGCAGAGCCUGGAGGCCUUGGUCCGGUGCGGUCAGGCAGCGCAGCGCGUCCUCCAGACGAUGGACCGGAGGUGUCCAGGUGAGAGUGAGCCUUGCAGCACGCCCUCCGUGGAACGCAGUCCUGAGGUCAGUGCCCAUGAUGCACCCCUCCAGGUGGCUGAUGUGACUUUGAAGCUGGUGCCCUCCGAGGGGGACGCCGUGGACAGAGCUUCCCAGUCGGAUGAGAGAUAUGAGAGCGCAUCUCCGCUUAAGAAGAAGGCCACUCCUGGUGAACCAGCUGGCGCUUCUUUCUUGGCCCCUCCCGAGCCAGACUCCGAUGUCAGCGGCUUGCCAAAAGCAAAGCGCGAGACGAUGGGAAUCGAAGACUUGUGGUUUGGAGGGUCGUUCUCGAUGGACCUUCUGAGGAUGUAG